CUUGGGAGUCUGGCAUGUGUGGAUGGUUGGAUAUCAUCCACAGUGACCCCCAAGAUGCUGGUCAACUUCUUUUCCAAGAAUAAGAUGAUCUCUCUCUCUGAAUGCAUGAUACAAUUUUUUUCCUUUGCAUUCGGUGCAACCACAGAAUGUUUUCUGCUGGCAACAAUGGCAUAUGAUCGCUAUGUGGCCAUAUGUAUGCCUUUACUUUAUCCAGUAAUUAUGACCAAUAGACUAUCCAUCCAGCUGUUAGUUGCAUCAUUUGUAGGUGGCUUUUUUCAUGCCUUAAUUCAUGUAGGUUUUUUAUUCAGAUUAACCUUCUGUAAUAAUAACAUAAUACAUCUCUUUUACUGUGAUGUAAUGCCAUUAUUUAAAAUAUCUUGCACUGAUCCUUCUAUUAAUAUCCUCAUAGUAUUUAUUUUUUCUGGGUCAAUUCAGAUGCUCACUAUUCUGAUUGUUGUUAUUUCUUACACAUUAGUUCUUUUUACAGUCUUAAAAAAGAAGUCUCUGCAAGGCAUUAGAAAAGCCUUCUCCACCUGUGGAGCCCAUCUCUUAUCUGUGUCUCUGUACUAUGGCCCCCUUCUCUUCAUGUAUGUGUGCCCUGGCUCUGCACAGGCAGAUGAUCAAGAUAUGAUGAACUCUCUAUUUUACACUGUUAUAAUUCCUUUCUUAAAUCCAAUGAUCUACAGCCUGAGAAAUAAGAAA